AUGGAUGAUGAAGAUGAUGAAGGGGGAGAAGGCCCUAGUGAUGAUGAUGAAGAUACCGGCAGUAAAGAUGAUAAUAAUGGUGACAGCAAUAGUGAUGAUAGUGAAAACAGUGAUGGUGGAGACCAUAACAGUGAUGGAAAUGAUAGUGAAGGAAGUAAUAGUGAAGACUAUGAUAGCCGAGAUAGUGGCAAUGAUAGGGGUGAACCCCCUAGUGAUAAAGAGGACGAAGAUGCGGGAGCCUUCUAUGAAGACAAUUUUGAUGAUGAUGUGGACUAUUAUAAUGAAGACAUAGAAGAUGAUGCAAAAGCUCAUGGUAGGGAGAUUCCAGAGCUUGGUUCAUUUCAUAAUUCAGAGUUUGGCUUAUUAACUGCAUACAUUGAUGAAGAAGAUGACAUAGAUGCAAGAUUGGAGACACUGGGUAGAAAUCUAAUGAUCUAUAGCUUAAAAAACUUAACUUUGGAGGAUUUUGAAGGGGAAGAUGAGAGAAUGGAGGGAAGCGAAUUAGAGUACUUCCCCUAA